GUCUUCACUUUUGUUUGUGUUUCACGGUUAUCCGGCAUCAUUGGCUUGGAAGUUAGAUUCGGUUAAUUAUUUCGCAAAUUAGGUUGCCAAGACAAGCAAGAUGUCGUUCAAAGGGUCUAAGGUACAAAAGGUGAUGGUUCAACCCAUCAACUUGAUCUUCCGAUACCUGCAAAAUCGAUCCCGCGUGCAAGUGUGGCUGUACGAAAAUACUCACCUGCGAAUAGAAGGGCACAUCGUUGGUUUCGACGAAUAUAUGAACCUAGUGCUGGAUGAAGCGGAAGAGUACAACAUAAAGAAACAAACCAGGCGUCAGCUAGGUCGCAUUAUGCUGAAAGGAGACAACAUUACACUCAUCCAGAAUGUGCAGAACUAAGAUGUGUUCAGUGGAAAGAAUCGUGCUUCAUUUGGGAAUGCACCAUCUGUGUUAGGAUUAAGGAUUAUUCAACAAAAAUGUGUCCGGAAGAUAAAUAAUUCGAUAUUGAGGGAGAAUAAAGUAGAUUGCACACGUUGAUGUGCAUCUAAACUAAAAGAAGUCAG